CGAAUUGGAGAAAGGCCUUUAAAAGAAGGUGUGUAAACGCCUUUACACCAUCUAUUUAAUCUAUUAAUAAUUUUUUUAUUUGCAUUUGAACAAAUACGGGCAUAGAAAAUGGCAAGUGAAAAAAAAACUAAAUCUUUAUCUAAACGUGGAAAAUCCAAUGAAGAAAUUUUUGCGGGUUUUCAAAGUCUCAGAAAUGAACAAAAACUGAUGGCUAACAAGCUUUCAGAAAUGGAAAUGGAACUAAAUGAGCACAAAAUUGUCAUCGACACUUUAAAAACUGUAGAUCCAAGGAAAAAGUGUUACAGAAUGAUAGGUGGAAUCUUGUGUGAACGUACUGUUCAAGAAGUGAUGCCAGCGUUAGUUACGAAUAAAGAACAGUUAACAAAAGUCAUAGAAACUUUGAACGAGCAAUUAACAAAGAAAGGAGUCGAGAUUAAUGAAUACAAGGAGAAACAUAAUAUAAGGAUUAGAGGUCAAGACGACAUUCCUCAACAGGAUGAGGAUUCAAAAGAAUCGAAAAGAAAUGCUAUAGUUGUAAAUCCUAUUGAAGUUUAGUACGCCAUCAAAUGUUCGUCUGGAAACUGAAAUCUUGAGUGAUGAUAAUAAUGUUUCACUUAUUUGCUGCAUUUAUUUAUUAAAUUGUUUGCAAUCAUCACUGAAAAUUUUGAAAAUUCUAUCUAUUUUCAGGUAUCUUUAAUCAACAUUUAUCAUAUAUUUAUCAAGUUCAUAAUGAAUUUAAGAUUAUUUUUCAAUAAUUGUAAAGAAAUAAAAUUAUUUUCAAUUCUCAUUUUCUAAUAUUAAGCUUAGUGACGCAAAGUAAUAUCGUUGAAAAACAAAUACAAUGUUUAAAAAUAAAAACUGCUUUAUUUAAAUUCGCUCACAAAUAAAUAUUGUCUAAAUCAUUGGUAUUGUAUUAAAGAAAUAAAUUUUUUAAUCUCUA